AUGGACAACAUAAAUUUCACCUCAAAAGCAAUAUGUUACCUCUUUCUUAUGGCAUUGUUUGCAAGGAACCAAGCUGUUGUUGUGGAUGUAAAAGCAAAAGGAGCCAAGGGCGAUGGCAUAACUGAUGAUGGCCCGGCAAUAAUGAACGCUUGGAAAGAGGCAUGUGCCGCACCACCGCCUAGCUCACUAGUGAUUCCACCCGGGACUUAUAUGGCAUUCCCCCCUAUUCAAUUGAGUGGUCCUUGCAAGGGUCCGAUUGAGAUCAAGGCCACCGGAGCAACCAUAAAGGCACCACCGGAGCCUGAAAAGUUUAAAACCGAUACUUGGAUCAUGAUAACUUUUAUUGAUAGAUUGACUAUGACAGGAGGUACUUAUGAUGGCCAAGGCCAAGUAGCAUGGAAAAAUUCAAAUUGCAAUAGUAAACAAACAACAUGUCAACCACCAGUUAAUAUCAGAUUCGGCUUUUGCAAAAAUUCAUUAAUCAAAAACUUAACGUCUAUUAACAGCAAGUACUUUCACAUUGCAAUAUUAGGCUGUGACAACACCACACUUGAUCACCUUACCAUCACUGCUCCAGGAAAUAGUCGUAACACAGAUGGAAUUCAUCUAGCACGGAUAAAAGGGCUUAACAUAACAAACUCAGUUAUAAAAACGGGUGAUGAUUGCAUUUCUUUUGGUGAUGGAGCAAGCAAUAUCCGUGUGGAUAAGGUGACUUGUGGGCCAGGGCAUGGUAUCAGCAUCGGAAGCCUAGGAAAAUUCCCAAAUGAACAACCUGUACAAGGAGUCUGGGUCAAGGAUUGUACCCUCAUUGGCACUGAUAACGGUGUCAGGAUUAAAAGUUGGCCUGCCGCUGAACCUGGAAUCGUUAAUGAUGUGCAUUUCGAAGAUAUUAUCAUGGAAAAAGUUGCUAAUCCCAUUAUUAUUGAUCAAAACUAUUGUCCCGGGCAUGCGUGCAAGAAAGGUGGUCCAUCAAAAGUAAAGAUAUCAAAUGUAAGCUAUAGAAAGAUCAAGGGAUCAUCAUCAACAAAGGUUGCAGUCAAGUUUGAUUGUAGCGCAGGAUCGCCAUGUAACAAUGUGGAGUUGGCAGACAUUAACUUAACACAACAAGGAGGAGCAAUUGCUACCUCCCAGUGUGCUAACGUAAAACCAAAAGUCGUUGGUCAAGUUAUCCCUCCGGCUUGUCCAAGUGGCCCACGUACAGCCGUAUGA